AUGUCCGGUAGCAGCUUCGCCGCUGCUCAGCAACGUAUACUCGAGCGACAAGCCGCCAGACAGCGUGAGGUCCAGAUACGGCGAGCCGCUUUUGAAGAAUCAGCUCGAUCAAACCCCAUUGCGCGUCUUCCGCGUCCGCUCAAUCGCGCCGCAAUACCACUGUCGUCAUUAUGGUCAACUCUUGUUGUUUCUGAAGGAACGAGACCGGCGUUUCGAGUGGGCCAGGUCGAUGCAGAGCUCUUGGAUGAAGAAUUGAUCACGCUGUUGAAAGGGCAAGUAGGAGAAGGCUUGAAAUAUUUCGGAGCCCAUCUACAGGACGACUGGUCACAAGAAAUUAUUCUCGUGCUGAGGGCUUGUCUCUUCAAGCUGUCCUUUUGGGACAACAAUGCUUCAUAUGGCGCGACAUUGCAGAACCUGCGCUAUGUGGAUGCGCGAAGACCUAUCUCGCUGCAAAGCAAGCCGACAGGUUUACAGAAAAGUCUGUACGGCUUCUUCACGGUCUUAGGAAGAUACGGCUGGGACAGGUGGGAGAACUGGCUCAUUGAGCAAGAGGGAGGAUAUGCUGCGCCUUCCGCGAGAGUACAGCGCCUGUCACGUUUGACAUCGUGGAUUUCUACGAGCCAUUCGAUUGCAGCAUUCGCGUCGUUUCUUGUUUUUCUGGUGAACGGGCGCUACCGGACCUUGACCGAUCGCAUCCUCAGGCUCAGGCUUGUAUCUCCGUCCAACCAGAUCAGCCGCGAAGUGUCUUUCGAGUACCUGAAUCGGCAGCUCGUCUGGCACGCAUUCACCGAGUUUCUGCUGUUUCUAUUACCGUUAGUCGGCAUCGGGCGAUGGAGGCGCUGGCUGACUAGGGCAUGGAAGAAGACAAAGUCCAUGGUACGAUCUAACACGGAGACUGAUGAUAACGAAGACCGGAUCAAAUCUGGACCGCUAUCAUUCUUGCCUGAGAGAACGUGUGCCAUCUGCUAUCAGGACCAGAACCCUGCAACUAUGUCAGAAGCGGAAAUAUUGGGCGCAAACACUGGCGCAAGCGGAGGCAUCAUUGGGUCUGCAGAGACCGACAUCGUCAACCCCUACGAAACGAUUCCUUGCAAGUGCAUCUAUUGUUUUGUGUGCAUCGCAAGCAAGCUUGAAGCGGAAGAAGGCAAUGGGUGGUUGUGUUUGCGCUGCGGUGAAGUUGUCUACCGAUGCAAGCCUUGGGACGGCGAUGUCUUGGUGGAGAAGAAACCGGCGAAGAGUGCAAAGACAGUUGGCUUCAGUGAUGGCACCAAUACGUCCGGCGAGGAACGGCCGGCUGAAAUGAACGGGAAUUCAGACGGUCAGGCGCUCGAUCUGGAAUCCAGUCAGUGGUCAGUUGCUGAAGCUGACUGA